AAUGUUCUCCGUUUUCCUGGUACCGAUUCGACAUGCGCUGCCGGUAUGUUUUGUUUUGAUUGUGGCACAGCGCAGAAAACAUUGAAUGUAGUUUUGAAACACCGUUCCCACUCGAAAGCGGCACCAGCUAAUUCAACGAAUGAACCGGAUGUCGGAACAGCAUCUAGUCGAUAUAGAUGGCAGCGUUUUGGAAGGAGGCGGCCAAAUCCUGCGGAUGGCACUGUGUUUCAGCGUGCUCACGAAGACGCCAGUGCGAAUUUCCAACAUUCGGCAAGGUCGCAAGAAGCCUGGGCUAGCAGCACAGCAUCUGGCCGGUGUAGAACUGAUGCGGGACAUUUGUGCAGGUAGAGUGCAUAAAGCUACGCUCGGCUCAACGGAGAUCGAAUUUUACCCCGGGCACAUAGGGGAAGGCCGUUUUGUCGGGCACAUUCAGACUGCCGGAAGCAUAGCCUUGCUGCUGCAGGCGGCACUACCUGUAGCUUUGUUUAGUUCUGGGCCAGUGACGCUGGAUUUGCGAGGCGGUACGAACACGGAUCUUGCACCACAGGUUGAUUUCCUAACCGAAAUAUUCCGUCCCAAUAUGGAGAGGUUUGGGGCCAGCUUCGAUUUCGAUCUGAUCCGAAGGGGCUACUUCCCCAAGGGGGGAGGACAGUGCGUGGUGGAAGUAAGGCCAGUACAAUCCCUGCGGCCCAUCGUCCUGGUCGAGAUGGGUCGUGUGAACAGAGUCUUUGGAUGGAGCUUCGUGGCCGGUGUGCUUCCGUUGAAGAUUGCCCAUGAAAUGUCCAGCGGUGCAAAAUCAAUUCUGGGACAGAUGAGCGGCCACAGAGCAGCCGACAUUGAGGUGUAUAAGGAGAGUGUAGACAUGGCACCAGAAGGAAACUGUUCCGGCAUCAUUGUUGGCUGUGAGACAAGCACUGGAGUAAUCCUUGGAGGCUCGGCACUUGGAGAGGCAAGGAAAAAAAGUUUCCACAGUGGGGAAGAAGCUGCACGCGAAAUCCAAAGCGCUGUGUUGGCUGGUGCCUGUGUUGACCGACACGUGCAGGACAUGAUGAUUGUUCUGAUGGCAUUGGCAGACGGCAAGAGUCGCAUCCGCGCCGAACCACUCACGAUGCACACCAGGACGGCGAUCUAUGUGACAGAGUUGAUGACAAAGGCCAAAUUUAACACCAUUGAGGAGAACGGGCUUAAUGUAAUCAUCGAAUGUGAUGGCAUCGGGCUUCGUAAUGUAAAUCUUCCGAACGCCACAAGACUGCAAUGAGCAGCACGAGGAUUAUUCUUUUACGAUCGAUUACCAUGUAACUUGAGGGUAAGCACAUUAUUGAUACAUCAUUAGGCAGAAGCCUUGGGGAGGCAUGAUUUGAGGGCCGCGAUCAGAACACCUCGUCGUCUGUCGGUAUGCUACAUCCUGCAACGAAUAAAUUAUUCCAUUUUGAUUAGUUUUGUUCACAAUACGAUAGGGAAAAGUGCGUGGAUUUCAGGGUAAGAUCACUGGCCGGGUUGUUCUUAAUCGUACGAAUUGAGGUGACUUCUAGUGGGAGCCACAUCUCUUUGAGUCUUCAUAUUUUCCUUCGUCCAGGCUUUCGGUUGGGUCGCGAAGGACAAUUCUAUGAAGUGCAUACUAGUUGAUCUUCAUUCAGAGGGGUCACGUGGUCCUUACACGUCUCGGUAACCCCUUGAAAGCAUUUUAAAACAGAUGGAUGCGACCAAACCAUCGUUACACCGGCGCUUCGUUUGAAAGAUGUAGCAAUAUGUGCGACUGUGAAGGUCAGUUUCGAUGAUGAAUAUUUUUUCUUCGAGAUCUGGAUUCUCAUUGGUUUCUUCUAGGAGCAUAAUUCAUCGACCGAAAAUAAUAAAUGGUUUCUCUUCUUUUUUUUCUUCGCUA